GAGAGUGAUUUGCAAGUGUCUAGUGCCUUGUUGGUGUCUCCUUCAUUCACUUCAUGACUUGGUGGUGUUUUUAUAUAAAGCGCAACCUCUUACCAUGCCCACUUUAGAAAGUUCAGAGCGUUAGGAGGGAAGCAUAACGAUUCACUCAUGGAUCUUGAUUGCGAGGACAGUUUUAACAUUACAAUUGAAGAUGUCCCUUACAUGACAUAUGGACCGGGACACGUCUUUUACAUCGCGGCGUUUCUCCCUCUUCUCUUGGUGGUCGGUGUGCUUGACAACCUCGCCUUCAUUUAUGUCGUGCUUAAAAUCCCUCGGAUGCGAACUUGUACUAAUUGCUACCUUCUGAAUUUGGCGAUUUCUGACAUCAUUUUUCUUUUGAUGGCAAUUGGAGAGAAAAUUUGGCGAUUUGCUGUCUCACCGAUUAGGGAUGAUGAUGGCCCUAUGGGUCGGAGUGGUUGUAUCUGGGUAUUCCUCUUCUCUGACACAGCUUACAUUGCUUCAUUGUUCUUCAUUACCCUCGUGUCUGUUGAACGGUUCUGCGCAGUAUGUCGUCCACAGAAGAAGAGUGAAACGAGUAAAUUUAACAAGACAGCAGUUGUAACUGUAGCCUCUUGGAUUAUAUCGGCCAUAGCGUCUGCAUCAUUAACACCGUCCAAUCUCUUUUUAAAUAAAUUCUGUAUAUCAUGGCCUCCUGGGGAGCAGUUUGCCGGCUAUCCGGAAUCAUUCGCGUUGUGUCAUCCCUUACAUGAAUGGAUUAGUGCCUAUGCGCAAGGUAUGCAGACCAUCCCUUUCUUUAUUUCUCUCGUUGUUAAUGUAGUGCUUUACAUCGAGAUCAUCAGAGGUUUGAACAGGUCAAUAGAAAGAUUGCGAGUUCAUGGAGGGACCAAAGACAACGACACAAAAAUGAGAGAUCAGGUGGCGAGAAUGCUCGUGAUAAAUGGUGCAUUCUUCUUCUGUUGUUUAGCUCCUUUCGAGAUCGUCUCUGCAUUGAACAUGAUUGCUUCACUGUCAGGGGACGACUUCAUCGGGGAUUCGAAAACACAGGAAGUGCUUUCUUAUACCGGUAGGUCUCUUUCCUACAUCAACGCUGUCAUCAAUCCAAUCAUUUACACUUUAAUGAGUAAUCGUUAUCGGGACGCAUUCAAGCAAGCAUUCCACAUUAACACAUCGGGUUCAUCACGGCGGGUACCUUCAAGCAAGUCAACCACUCAGGCUACUACACAGGAGUACCUUAAAAUAAGCCAAGCCGACACUAGAAUGUAAAUACUUCCUGAAUUAUCUUUAAUGCUGAUCCUCAGUGAAGACACGUGUCUUGGAAUAUGAUUCAGUACGCCCUGUAGUACAAAAGUUACGUAUUGAAACCUCACUUUCUGCUGGAAGUACGCUACGCAGUUUCUAGUCGCAUUGUUUAUUCCGGACCUUCGCUCUGCAAAAUGAUCCGUGUAAAGCCUGAAACUUUAUUGACAUUUCUCUCCAGCUCUCUAUCUUUCUUAUGCCGGACGCUGACAUUUGCUGUGCUGAGCAAUGGAAAUGUAGCCGAAAGCCAGAUCAAUAUACCGGUGAAUACUCGAGAGGUCGCCAGCUGGGGUCCUUAGUCUACAGGGCACUUACAAAAAUCUUCUUUUUUGUAUCCUGGAGGUUUUAUUUGAAUGCUGUCCUUGAAAUGAAAGCUGCAAAUAAAUACAGUUGCCCUAACAAAAUAUAUGGGUAGUUGCCUGUCACAAGAAACGAUGACCUUUGCUAGAUUCCGUUGCUAUCAAGACAAGGAAAAAGUUACACAAAAAUUAUCAUUGUUUCGAAGUGCAGCGAUGUUGAAUCAUGGAUGUACAUCCAUGAUCAAUUCGAAAACAACAAUAUCCUUUUCAACUGCUAGGUGACGGGGAGUUGUUGUUUCAAGAAGGAAGAUGUGAGCAGAGAAAACGUUGUAAAAACGGUGCUGGCUAGAUAUAUCAGCUGUGAGAAGUGGAUAGAAUCUUCACUGAGAAAAAAAAAUUAUGGAGAGGCCCAUGCUUUGCAGUUCUUUUCUCACCCCUGAAACGUUGACAGAGACAACGAAAUCAAUUGGAAGGGUGUUGAAUUUUUAAAAGGCAAAGAAUUUUGAUUCAGACGAUGAUUGACCUUUUUGCAAAAAAUGUUUCCCCCUUGGAAAACAUUGAAUCCCUUCCUACUGAUUAAAAAAGAGAGAACCGGGGGACAAACUUGAAAUGGAAGAGGCUUAACAUCUUCGGAGCAAUGCAAAGACAUUUCUAGUGUGGACGAAAGGAUGCUACAUGGAGAGUAUGCAGCAUUUUAAAUAUACUCUUUGAGAAUAUUAAUAUCUUAGAUAAUAUCUAUAAAACUCAAAGGAGAAUUAACUUUUGUACAGGAAUAUGAAUUGUGAUUAAAAUUUUGUAUGAUAAGUAAAAAAAAUAUGUAUAUCAAUUUUGAAAAAUCGUCACUAAACCCGUGUUUUACCUAUAUUCCAUGGAGAUAUAGUUUAACAUUUGUUUUUCAGCAAGUUUACUCUAAAAUAUUUUAUCUUCAAAGGUAUUCUUGUUCAAAUGCAGAGGUACAGAUAAUGCUCGUAAUAGUUAUUAGCUUCGGUUUUGAGCAAGUAGCCUACAAUGUAGUGUCCAAGAUUAAGUUAGGAUGUGCGUAUGUCUGUUCCGGUGGUUUGCGCGUAUGCGUGUGUGAGGUUGUGUGUGUGUGUUCCGAAGGAUUUGCGUGUAUGAGUUUGUGUGCGCGUAGAGAGAUGCGAGCGUGUGUGUGCAGAUACCCAUUUUUUUAAAUUAUAAUUUCUACUCUAAAUCUUUUAGAAAUGCUCAUUCAAAGAAAAAAAAUAAUUUUAAUUUUAUUGUUUUUAUUUUUUUUUGUGAAUAGGGUUUCCGAUAUUCGAUAUUGGGAAGGUUUAGAUAUACUCCAAAACAUUUUUCGUCUAUAUCUUUUUUUUUAUUUCGUAAGGACGCUAUCUUUUUAUCGGUUUAAAAAAAAAAUCUUUCAAAUAAAUAUUUGUACAUUCAAAGAGAGAAAGAGAGAGAGGGUGUGAGGUUGAGCUUGAGUAAACAACUAAAACGAGUAUACACCAUAAUGAUAAUGUAUUAAGUAAGAUGUUGUUAUUCAAACAAUCACCGAUUUCUUAAUUGUUUUAGUUCUCAAAAUAUAGGUAUCAAUGGUUUUCAAAUCAUAUGUAAAUAAAAGAUAUAAAAUCCAGUGGAGACCGCACAGAAAAAUUGUUAGCCUAUAAAAAAAAGCGCUAACAGUAAGUCACAUCUUUCAGAUUGUGAAUUCUAAUUAUUCAUUUCAAUGUGUAAGCAAUGAAUUGUUGUCACAUUAGGCAUCGCUACCACAUAACCGGUUGUAACAGGGCCUCUGUUUUCGCAUUGUUACCGCUAACAACGUUUCUGUGCGCUUAGUACUUAUUUUUUUUAAAUCAAGAAAUCGUAACUAAUACAACAAAUCUAAAGAAGGACAACGUUACUGAAAAAUAUCUUGAAAGUGGCAAUUUUUUCAGAAAGAGUUCAUCAUUAUCAUGCAAAUAUAUAUAUAUAUUGAUUUAUAUAAAUUGCACUUAUAACAGACGUACAAAGUUUUCUUCACGCACAUACACACACCCACUCACGCACUUACCCAGACAUAUGUAUAUAUAUAUAUAUAUAUAUAUAUAUAUACAUAUAUGGUGAAACCUAUACCAUAUCUUAUUUACAAGCACCAAAGAAAGACAGGAUUUUUGUUCUCGGUGUGAUGUAUCUGUGGUAUGAACACGGUGAUACGAAUGAGCGUGUGCCAUUUUGCUCUGUGUGUGUGUGUGGGUGUAAUGAUGAUUUAUUAUGGUUUUGAUGAGUAAGAUGAAGUACGGUGAUAUGUGUAUGAAUGAGUGGUGUAAUAUAAAGCUAGUAUCACCCUUAACCCUACAGGGAGCCACUUGGCAUGGCAAUACCCCCAGUGAUUGAAAUGUGAUAGAAAUGGUGCCAGGCUGUUUGAACGCAUAACACACUCACAUUUCACAGCAGGUAAAGAAGGGCGCACAAAGAUUUGGCGUCAACCAUAUUGAUUCUUAACGGCGCCGUGCCGCUUUGGCCCUGUGAGGGUGGGGACAAGAUCUUUCUUCACUUAAUAUUACACGCAUAGGUAAAACUUUGAGGCGGUUGGAAUUUAUGAUUUCCUCUCUUUACUUGUUUUUAACAAGCAUGACAAGGAUGAUAUGGGAAAGGAGAAUGAUUGGUAAAAACUGAUUGACCAAAAACUCCGCCAUUUUAGUUCUCAUACUUAAUGUGUAAGAUGUAAUUGGUUCAUGUCGCAUGAAUUGUUUAGGUACCGUUUUUUGGUGAUAUGUUGAUGUGUUUUAUUAAUAUGUUCGUUGUCAGGGAUUGUACUCCCACCUGUGUAUACAUGUAUCCGAAGAAAAUGAUUACUUCUUACGUAAUCAUGGUGACGUUGACUUUGAUAAUUAUGCUUAAAUACUCUAAUCUGCAACAAUUAGUUAACAUUUUGAAUAAGAAGUUGAUAACAAAUGCAUGUGAUUUGUUUUUGCUUCACGUAUAUCAAAUAAUCAAAUCUGAUAUCUGUUGAUGUCCUGUUUCAUGUCUACAAGUCCGUUAUUUGGUCAGAAAACAAGACAACUGUUUUUUUUCCUGAGUGUUUUCCCUGCUGGAAAGAACACAAAGUCAUACAGUGUGAUCACAGUUUGGUCAUAUAGUGGACUAUGUGAAUUAUUAUUCACUCUGUGAAAAUGCUCAAAUUCAACAGUGUGAAGUUGUUUUGGCACUGUGGACACCUCGACAGUGUCACUGCUCACAGCGUUUUCCCAAUGUUGACUAUGUGAAUAUGUGAUUCACACUGUUGAAAAAUUUAAAUUUAACAGUGCGUAGGUGAUUUCACAUUGUAUGCCACACGGUGAACAGACUGUGGCUUACACCGUGGGACAAUGUGAGAUUUGUUCUCCAAUCCGCUUUAAAAAAAAAAAAAAAAAUUGUGAUCGACUUAAAAUAGCUUUAGAUAAUUUUAGAAUACCAGAAUACACUAUAGCUAUUUUUGUUUUCUUAGUCAUACAUCACGAACAACAACGGGCAAUACUAAAAUUAUACCGAACUCUAGUGACAGUAACGCAAUAAGGAACCUAGUGGGUACAAAUCAGAAAGCAAGAAAAAUAUGUGAUCCUUGCUAUGACCUUGUCAUAUCCAUGGUUAAUCGUCUUGUAAUAUUGAUUUUUUAAAGAAAAAAUGCUUCUGUCUCCUAUAACUCUUGAAAUAAGUAAGUCACUGUAUAACAAUAUGUAUACCAAAAGUAAAUUACAAAGCUAUCCUGGCGAAAUAAGUAAGUGUCGGUGACCUACAAAAAGAAAACAUCAUACAACUCUUUGAUAUCUUGUUUUUGAUAAUUCUUUGGGCUGCAUAUAAAAUACCAUAUUUGUAAGUUACCAUUUGUCGUGAUCAUGCUGAUAAUUGCUCUUCACUAUCAUGGAGAUUGGAAUUAAAAUUGAAAUAAGCAUACCAUUUAGAGGUUUUGCAGAGGGUCUCAAUUUUAAUUUGAUUUGCUUACAUCAAUGGCAGGAAUGAAUUAUUUUAGAACCAUGGUAUUACUCACCCAAGCAAAAUACGAUCCCGAAGAGAUAUCUAAAAUUACGGAUGUAUGGAGUAUACACCAAGAAUAAAAAUAGAUUUGUACGGAUCGAAAUGUUACCCUGUAUCGGCCAUUAUUGCAUUUGCCAUUUUAUGAGAUUUCCAUUGUUGUGAGAGAGAAAUCAAUAUCUGGUCUGACCCGAAUCUCUAAAUCUCGUUGGGCUUUGAAGGUUGUAUUUGCGAUUUCAUAAGACCUCGUUAUGUGGGGAUUUGAGAAAUUGGUGUCGAAAUAAUAAAAAAGAACGAAUGAGAAUUGUUCCAUUCUGAAAUUAUUUGUGAAUAAAUGAAAUUGUGAUAAUUCUACAUCCAAAAAAAUUAAGGGAAAAUAUUUAAAAGGGCUCCAGCCUGCUUUAGAUGACAAAGUUUGUAUAUUGCACGGCCUCUCGGAAAACCAGCAAUUUGCUGAUUUAGGGUUUUUUACCGUGUUUAAAUAAAAUAAAUCAAAUCAAAUCCCCUAAAACAAAGUAGGGGUAACCUUUUUUUUUUAUUUGAAAGAAAUUAAGUCUUAGUUUGUGAAAUAAGUACCAAAGGAUAAUAUAUUGAUUCAGCUGAUAUCAUGUCUUUAUUUUACAAACAUCUUAAAGGAGCACUUUAAAAUAAUUCAGUAGCUUUUGACAUUUAACCGGCAUACCUAGUGGUUUACAAGCUAUUUAUUGCAAUAGUGGUAUUUGAUUUAAAUAUUCAUAAAUAUGAAUGCAUUGUUCUCGUUUGUGAUGAGAUGAUUACGUCAGGUAAAGUAUUGUCGAAAUAAAAUAAUUGCGUACAAAACCAAUUUUCUCACCAGAAUGUUAUUUUUUUGUCAUUCAGCAUGCAAAUGAGUUGUAUAGAUCUUUGUUUUUUGCAUAAUGUGAAGCAUUACGUCUAAUUUCAUGAAACGUGAAUGUCAGCAAUAUUGGUAUCAUAGAAUUUUGCCGCCAGUACUGAAAUCCGUCGUCCUAGCCCAUGACACUGACUCGCGAUGGUUUACAGCAUGCGCCCGUAUGAUUCAUGUUAUAAUGAGAUGCAAGGAAGGAGUCUCCGAUAGCCAUGGGCUAAGGACUCUUCAAAUCUACAUGAAUGGUUGAAACCAGCCCCCCAGUGUUUGAUAAUCCCAAUGACAUCUGAUGUUUUGUCAAACAACUAAAAUACGGAAAUAUACAAAUACUUAAUUAUCACAAUUUUGUCAAGUUUCUGCUCUACACUGUCUAAUUACAAAUUCUGAUGUACAAAUAUGUUGGUUGGUAUAACCAUGGGCAUGAUGGGUCUAGUAGGAUCCAUGGUGUAAACGACUAUCGGCCAUGAAGUCUCACCAAACUGCCGCAUGCAAUUAAAAUCACUUGGUACAACCUGCUGUUUUCUAAGCAGCGUGUCCAGUGCUGAGAUGUUUCAGGUAAUUAAGUGAUGCAAAAAAUACUCAGAAAAGAUAUACGAGAGUGCUAAAAAAAAGCGGUUCUGAGAAUAAACAUAUGUGAGUGUAAUUAUGAGGAUACUUGUGGAUACUGGAGUAUCAUGAUCAUGCAAUCAAUCAAUAUACAAAAAACAUGAUAAAAAUCGAUUUCAAAAAUAAUUUUGAGCAUGAGGUAUUGUUUUCAAUAGUUUUCGAAAGCAAAGGAUUCAUCAUUGUCAUUUCAAAUUGAAUCAUUUUUUUUAUUUUGGUAAUAUUAUUGUUACUUACGUCAUUACAAAAUAUCUAACAAAAAGAAGAAAAGGGUACACAUAAUUUUCUUUUCAACGAGAUCUAAUAAUUCUGAAAUAUUCCACUAUCACGGUUGUACACUUCAGCAGUCAAAUGUGAGGUAAAGAGUUUAAAGCUAUUGAAUAAUUCAUCGCGCUGAGUAACCUGAGUCAUUUGUUUUAAAAGGAUUAUAUCAAAUGCGUAAUGAACAAGGCAUGCCUGUUUACCGUAUUCAAAUUAAAAUUAAAAGGUAUGAAAUUGUACAAGGUAAGGAAUGCUUCUAAAAACCAAUACGAUAUUGUAGAAAUCCUUUAAACCUUAAUCGGAAGAUUCGUACCUAUAGCACCACACAUUCCGCCCAAUCCAUCAUCUAAGACAUAGCUCUAAUAACAGCUUUUAGAAUCUCUAAACAUGCCAAAAGAAUGAAAUCUUGAUCUUUCAGCGGUAUUAGGUAUUCCCAUGAAAUGAAAACGAUACUUAAAUAACCUUAGCGGCUGUUUUUACAAAGCCUCGUGUGGUAGUAGAAUACCGUUCCCCGGUUUUUCUUUCAGCAUAAUUUUAUUUUCAUAUGAAUUUUGGUGGUAAGCUGCAUUUGGCUAGAACGCCAUGUAAUCUGACUUCAUCGUGCAAAUGCAUUUUCUUUGAGAAAGAACAUUCCCGCAAACUAUAGGCAGUCUAAAUAAACUUUGAAAGCCAUUGAUGGAAACUAAAUUUGGUUUAUCAUUCGGAGUGCUUCUGGGUUGGGAUAUUGAGAGCUUGAAUUGGAUCAGAUAAUUUGAGUUCAUUCUAGUGAAUUGUGCUAUAACUAUCUGUCCUUCUCCUAGGCAGUACAGGAUAGCAUAACUAAUUCAGCAGAAGAAGGGGAUUCGCAUCAAGAGAUUUUUAUCUUUGAAAAAUUGAAUGAUAUGGAUUAUAUAUUUUUCGAAUUAAGUAUUCAAAUAUAUAAAAGUAAAAGGUACAUAACUAUUUAUCAUAAUCCUCUCUCCAUGCCUCACCAAAACCUAUAAAUUCGCGGAGAAUGAAAAUGUUUUUUUUGUUCACCUAAUUUAUUUAUACCUAUUAAUUACAGUUUCUGUCAUUAUUGUUCGAGAGUUACAAUUUCUGAUGACGUCAAUGUCAUAUACAUGAAGAACAGUAAGAUGACAAUGAAUUGACAUGAGUUAUGUUUAAUGCGAAACACUGUAAAGAUGGAAUGUAUUUCUUCUUAACAACGUACAUCAUAACUAUACAUAUUCAAAACAAGAUUACGUGAUUUUAUAUAUACAAGAAAUCCUAUAAUAAAUCCAACAAUAUCCAAGGUGGUUUGAAAAAUUGAUUUAUCAAUACAACCCCGGAAGUGUAUCUUCAUGAGUGGAUUCAUGCCGAAACCUAGCAUGGCCUACUCAUGUCAUAAUGAUAAUGGUUUUUUUAUGCAAAUUCGUUUUUCAUUAUUUUUUUCUUUACGCUCCAAUUUCUUUAUGCUGAUUCGAUAUCAAUUAAAUAAUCAUGCUUUCAAUAUUGUCAGGUCAUUGGGGAGCCCUCCUACAUAACAAGAGGUUAUGAACGUUGUUUACAGUUUGUUAGUUACAGACCUAGUUCUCCCAAGGUGAAUUUAAUCGAUCAAGUAUAUAGUAAAAAAGAUGGUACAUUAAACGUGCGACUUCACUAUACACACCGCAACAAAGAGUCAACCAUCAUAACACACACUGUCUUAAAAUAUAACAAUACCUAUAUACACACUCACACACAAACGCCGAAACGAAAAGGAAGACUUGUACAUAUUUGAAGACAGUAAUAUUACAAAGUAAUUAAAUUCCUAUUCUCAGUAGAAAUAUUAUUACAUCUUAGUUUCGAAAUGAGUGUUUAUUAAUGUACAUGUAUAUCAAAUUAAGUGACAUUGUUCUUGCUGUGUUCGACUGAGUAGAUACAUAGUCUUAGCAUGAUAGAAAUUAGAACUUAAAAAUACAAUGGUGCCGAUAUAUACAUAUCCUCUUCUUAAGAAUUCCAACAUAUAAUAAAUAAAAUAAUCUUGAGGUUUCAUUAUAAGUUUACUAUAAUGAUGCUUUGCUUUCAGCAUAUGAAGAAUGAAGAAACGAUGCAAGAAAAGCUGUUAAAAUAUCAACAGCGUAUCUAGUUUGAUCUCUCUCUCUCCCUCGUUGACACUCAGACGUACAGCACACGCACAUACACGCACGCACCCUUCCUCACCCACGCAAAUUAUCUCUGUCCUUAUGUACACAACUUCUCUUUUCCUUAAUUUGUUCCACAGCCUCACUAUCAUAUCUUUAUUAUGUAUUGCAUGGUUAUAUGUUUAUUUUUAAGUAUUAUUUUCGUAUAAACAUGCUAAUUAAGUGAGAACCAAAAGUUCAUAUGAUUCAAGAGUAAAACAACAAAUUAAACGGGGAGGAAAGUAAACUGCAUAACGAUGCUGCGACAGAAAGUUGACCGAAGCAUCCACCUUGGAUUUCAAAAGAGCGGAACAUUGAUUUUGUAGAGCAGGUGCGAAAUAUUCCACAAUCCAUACCACUUUGCUUAUAGUCUACACUUCAAAAGGUACCUUAGCCUUUUAAAGUACUGCUUUGUUGUCGCAUCAUCACCCACUAUCGAGAAGACAAAAUACUCCCAAUUCCCUAUCGGCACUACAACGGUUCCUUUCCCCGCCAAAAAUCGAGCCGUAUACAAUUUUUUUGCUAACGGGCCAUGGUUUCAAAUUUAACGCCGACUAGUUGUUGAUUAGAAAUGACACGUGGUUAUAGGUAAAAUGAGGUUUCGAUAGCGGCUAUGGUGUCAAAUUAAGGGUUACGGGGUAACUUACAUUACGAUACCGUGUAUAAGAUCUAUUGGGUAAUGGAGUUAAUUUUUCAUGUUCCCAAAGUUACACAAUGGGAAAAUAACGAAGAUACAAUGCCAAUAAAGUUUGUCUUGGAAAGGUAUUCAUACAACGGGGAAAAACUACAAUGUCAGGAUGCUUAAUUAAAAAUAGUAAUUCUAGAACCAUUAUCAUAUAAAAAAAAUGAAGUACUUCACGAUAUUCAUCCCGUAAAUACGGAUGCAUUGAUUUAGACAUACCAACCUGUACACAUCGGCAUACUUGUGUAUUUUAACUGUCUGUUUGCAUGAAUUUUCUGGAAAAGAAGUAAUCUAGAACAUAAUUAAUUGAAAAUAAAGGCGACGGCCAACUACUUUAAGUAUGCUGAUAGGGAGGGAUGGAUGGGACCGAUUCUUUGCAUUUGUAAAACAAAGCACGCAGGUGAUACUUCAAUACUUUAGGUGCUGUUUUCGAAGAUGAUUAAAACAAGAGCCAGAAGAAAGAAAGCAAAUAGGGUGAUACAAUGUAAUAAAGAUGAUAACAUUACAGAUCUCCAGGGCUCUUUCUUUGCAUUAUUAUAUUGAAUAGCACGGAUCAAAGAUGAUAAUCACUCAUCGUAUGCUGUGAUAAGGUACUACACUAAGCUUGGAGGAAAUUUGAGGAAGCUUUGAGACAAACGUGUCUGAAGAAGCGGUAAAUGUCACACGGGCAAUAAUUGGAUCAUGUUUGGGUAAUAUCAUUGAUUUUUUCAGAAAUGUUAUAGGAAGAA